AUGAAACACCGGAUAUUGAAAAUUACAGUGUAUAUUAUCGCAAAGUUUACCACUUUGAUAAAUAUAAGCGGCUGUUCAGUGAUGGAUACUUCAAAGAUGCAGCUUGGUGAAGAUGUUGCCAGUUAUUCUAGCCAAGACAACCUUCAGAACAUACCAUUACCCAACACUUCAAUUAGUGGAUCCAAGCACAUUUCUAAUAGCGAAUCUGUUUCUAGAAUGGUAGAUCAUAUUAUAGAAACAGGUAGCCAUUUACACAUUCCGUUAGAUGAAUUGAAUGCUAUUGUGUUUGGAGAUAAAGAAUUCAACCAAUCCAAUGACGAUACUAACACAUUUUCGGAGCAUGCCAUGUGCUUGGAUCUUGAUUUAAACCGUGAAAUUGAUGCCUCCAAUCAUAUUCUGCAAAAUACAAGAAAAGACAAUUCAAAAGUUGCUGAUACAGUGCCAAUGAGCAGUGCUAUCAUUGAGUCGCAAGGAGUUAAUGAAAACAGCGUCAAUGAUACUGCAAUGCAGGAUGGUCAUGAGGGGUUCUCGACACAAAGCAAUUCUGAGAUCGUUAGUAAUGAUGCAAAUCAUAUCAUUUCAGAAUCCACUAGUUCAGCAUGUAAUCCGCCUCAGCCAAAGCGUAGCCGCAUCGACCAAGCUACUACAAUUAAAUCUGGCACAGUUCAACCCAUACAAAUUCAUCUAAUAAACCCUAGUAAUGCUAGCUUGCAUAGCCAAUCCAUUCAUAGCAACUUAUUGCAUUGCCCUCAAGUGCUAUAUCAAGUGGUACCUAAUACGAGCAUAAUUAAUAAUUUUUAUAUACAAACCAUCUCUCAAAAUUGUGAACCAUCAACACCUUACUGCCCAGCAACUGUAUCUGGAAAUAGUACUAAAAGUACAAAAAAGAGACUAAAAAAUACCAACGACUGUGUACUUCCAGAUUCCGCAAAACAGAAUUAUGUCAAACUAGAUAAAAUGCUUCGGAGGUGCUUCGCAUUUUCUUCACCAAUCAAUGGCAUCUACGAUACAGAUGGAACGAUUAAUGGUAAAAGAUAUGCGAAGCUGUGUCAUAGAGCUGAAAUUUUUAAUGACAAAAAGUUUCAGGCAGCUUAUGAUAUGGCCAUGAACAGAGGACAGCCAUCAAAACCCAAUGAUAAUAGUGGACAAGCAAAAAUGCCAGAUUAUGCUGCUCAAGGUCAAUCUCUGUAUGUUUUAACCAUGGAUCAUUUCUGGUCAAAAAUGAGACACAAUUAUACAUCUAUUAAUACUAAGAUUAAUCUAUGGAGUUGUUUUAACAGACUCUUUAUUGCCAAAAAAAUUAGCCGAAAUUCAGAACAUGCGCCAAAUAACAUGCUUUUUAUAUAUUUUUAUAUAAGUACUCUUUUACCUAAAUGUGCUUCACGUAUAAUGGAGUAUAUCAAUUUUAAGAUCAACCAGGACCUAUCGCCUCAUUCACAUGGACAUGGCAAUAAUAUUAGUUAUACUUCUAUGCAUAACGAACAAGCUUUAAUCAAUCAAGAUGGCCCUGGAUUGUUAGAAGCACGUUUAUAUUUUAAAACAAAUACAGCUAUAAAAGAAUGUCUAGAUUUGGAUGUUUUUAAAACAUUCAAGCACGCAUUCUUAAUUUUAACUUCUGAAAAGUCAAAAAAGAUUAUUUUGGAUAAAGUAGGUGAAAUAUACGGCGAAGGUAAAUACGCAGAGUACUACAAAACAUGCUACCAUUGUAUUUGUUGUGUCAUAAAACAUGAUCAAUUCAUGGAAAUGGUGAGGAAAUCAUAUUCAAAUAUUAGCAGGGAAGCUAGCAAUGAAAGAUUUCUAGCCAUUCUUGAAAAGCUCAAAAGGAAUAUAUUUGAGAUGCACAAAGACAUUUUUGAAUUAUUUAGACGAUACGUUGUGCCAUAUUUAGAUGAUGAAACAGAUGAAAGUACCAAAAACCAAUUGCUAAAUGAACUGAAAGCUUUAUACAUAGAAAGUGGCUGCUCAAUAACUUUAAAGAUGUCUUCCAUUACAUCUCUCAUUAAGAAUCUGUUGACUGAGUGGUUCAAGUUGAUUGAUAAGUGCAACAUUCCAGGUACUAAUGGCUUUAAAUAUAAUGUCUUUGUUAACAUUCAAAGUAUUUUUACGGCGUAUCAGUCCAUCCAUAUUUUAAUAUUAAUAUUAAUUGGUAAGUACCAAUGGAUUACUUGUCGUAUUAAAAUAUACACAGUUUUUAAGUUCAUUGUACUUUCACAGUUUGAUCCCGAGAGGAUUGAGCUCUUUUUUAACGAAUUUGAGCGGAAACCGAAGAAAUUAGAACAAGAAAAGACAGCGGCUAACCAAAACAGUCUCAAUUGA